UUGUCUCUGUUGUGUGUGUGUCUCUCUCUCUCUCUCUCUCGGUCUCUGUCAUUGUUACAUGGUUGCAUACGCAAAUAAACCAAAGCUUUCUUUCUCUGCAAAACAAAAACUCCAUUCUCUCUGCAAAUUCAAACCCCAUCAUCAUCUUCUUCUAUUCUUCUUCCUCAAAUCAUCCAUUCAUUCUACAAACUCAUACACAAAAAAGGGAUUGAAAUUCCACUGUUUUUCCCUUUCCUCACACACAGAGAGAGACACAACAGUGUUCCCAGAAACAACCGUUUCAUAUGGCUAUGGGACCCGAAAGAUCAAAGCCACUACACAACUUCUCCUUGCCGUGCUUGAAAUGGGGCACCCAAAAGUUACUCAGGUGUGUCAACGCCGAACCUUGUUCCCUUGAUCGCCGAUCCUCAAAAUCCGAUGAACCCCACAUGAACCAAAACGAACCUUGUCGAGUUCCAAAGCGAAAAAACGACAACAACAUCGAUGCCGUUCGCGAGAAGAUCAUGGGGGAUCUCAGAGUAGCGGCGAAGAAGCUCAAAGUUUCGAUUUUUGAGAAUGGAAAGGACGAAGGUGGUGGUGCUGUUGCUGCUACCAAUGCCAGGCCUUGGAAUUUGAGAACAAGAAGAGCUGCGUGCAAGGAACCACCACAACCACAACCACCGCAUGAAGAAGAGCGAAGGUUUUUUUAUGUGGGUUCUUCUUCGCCGGUGAAGGAGAAGAAGAAGAUGAUGAUGAUCAAUGAGAAAGCCAAGUUUUCUGUUUCUCUGUCUAAGGAAGAGGUGGAACAAGAUUUCUGGGCUUUGGUUGGGACCAGGCCUCCCAGAAGGCCCAAGAAGAGGCCCAGGAUUGUGCAGAGGCAAUUGAAUACACUUUUUCCUGGGUUGUGGCUGGCAGAGAUCACUGCAGAAUCAUACAAAGUGUCUGAUGUUCCUGAAUAAGAGGCUGAAUUGCUGAAAUGAAUAACAAAACCGGAUUCUGGAUGUCCUAAAUACUUUGCUUGCUGACCUCUUACACAUUGUCACAUAAAUAAUGGUAAUUUUUCGAAAUCACCAUGUAAAUCAAAAGUUUAAUUCAAUAAUCAUGAAAUUUUGGGAUUUUGCAAUUGGUUAUCUGAAUGUAGUAGCUUGCACCUGAAGAUUCUAUAGAUCAACUUUCUUAGCACUUCUUUGAAAAUCUCCAAUUCACCAUCAAAUUGUUAGAUUCCUGCUGUUGUGGAUAUUAGCAGUUUUUUUGAUUUCUCAACUGUUUGUUUAAUCCAGUAUUACUCAUUCAAGAAAGUAAACAAUACUUUU